GUUCGUUCGUGAGAAGACAAGCAUACCAGUACCAGAGAUCUACAAUGCAUACAAAGACGAGGAUUCAGGCCGGGUUCGCAUUGUCAUGGAGUAUGUCGACGGGGAGACGCUAGAAAUGGCCUGGGACAAGUACACUGAGGAGGAGAAAGACGACGUUUCAAAGCAACUUCGCGGUUAUUUCAACGAACUCCGACAGAUCAAGGGAAAUUACAUCGGAGGCAUAGAUGGCACCGCCUGUGACGACCAAUUCUUCUCACAUGACCUCUUUGCGUUUGGACCCUAUAAUGAUGAAUCGGAGUUUAACAAAGGGCUUGUAAAAGCGUGGUCACACAACCGCCAAGACGAUGCGUACGUGCGACUUCUAUGCCGGACACUACUCGACGUUAUGAAGAAUCACGAGAUCGUUCUAACUCAUAACGACUUCGCUCCAAGGAACAUUCUUGUGCGAGGAUCUAAAGUCGUGGCUAUCUUGGACUGGGAGUUUUCUGGAUUCUUUCCUGAGUAUUGGGAGUAUUGUAAGGCACUAUGGCGACCAGGCUGGGAUGCUGGGUGGGUUAAGGAUGGUCUUGUGGAGAGGGUCUUGGGUCCCUACUUGCAAGAACUAGCCGUGAUACUAAACACUUCUGAUAUUAUUUGGUAGUGGGCG